CACAAGGAUAUGGUAUCCAUAGUCCUGGAUACAGUUAAUGUGAUAGAUGCCGAGUCAAGCAGCUUGGAAUCUAUGACUGACGCCAGGGCUGUACUCGGCUACAUCGUCAAGUCCUCAGAGAAGAUUUUUACAGACAAACUUCUAAAGGAACGACUAGAAAUUGACACACUCCAAGAGUUCAAAAUUUUGAGUAAUCGUAACUUCUACACGAAGUUUAUAAAAGUGAAAACCAAACUAUAUUACAAACAGAGAAAGUUCAAUCUCUUCAGAGAAGAAAGUGAGGGUUACGCCAAACUGAUCACGGAGCUGAACCAGGACAUCUCCGGAAAUGUGACUCCAAGCAAUAUUUUGGAAAUAAUCAAGUCUCUAAUCGGUUGCUUCAACUUGGAUCCAAACCGAGUCUUGGAUGUAAUGUUGGAUUCUUUCGAGCAGAGGCCGGAACAGGUGGAGUUCUUCAUCCCACUAAUACAGCAGUACAUGCCUGACCCGAAGAUCCUGAGUGAAGUUCUUGCGUUCAAGUUCUCGUUCUACCAGAGUGACCCGAUACCACACUCACUGUACAUCGUCACAGCACUCAUGCUUCAAUACAGGGUCAUCGCGCUCGAUGACAUUUACACCUGGUUGAGUCCAGACGACAAAGUGAUCACCAGAGAUUGGGAGAAGGAGAUGAAGGACGCCAAAGAGUAUGUGAGAAAGCUGAAUGUCGUGUCGACCAAAACCGACAAGGAGAAGGAGGAGCAACCUGAAGAAAAGGAGGACGAUAGUUAUAAGUACGAGAGGAACCAGAAGUUCGGCCUGUGCGAAGCGCUGUUGGAGGUGGGAGACUGGCACACCUGUCAGGUGCUCAGUCGUCGCCUGCCAGACUUCUGUGUCAUGGACCAACCACCGAUAGCCCUGGCCAUGUGUCGCUUAUUGCACUCUCUCAUCGAGCCUGUCUACAGGAAGAAUAGCGGAUUGGGUCCCAAGGUUACGGGUAGGGUGUGUCCCCCGCCAGCCAGCCGCCAAGCUCCGAAACCUGCCAACACAUUCUUGGAGCUGCGGUCUGUCGUCAUACCAAUGCUGUACGCCCUGGGACCAUCACUACACCACGACCUUGUCCUCGUCUACAAGGUCAUCCGGGUUCUCAAAGCGUCUCUUGAGCAGGACAAUGUGGAUGCACACCUGCCACCACCGACGAAAGACUCAUUGUACCAUGAUACCAUCUCCCUGCUGGACACAGUGAUCCUGCCCACACUGUCCCACCUGGACUCCAACUGCUGUGUGGCCGACCAGAUAUGGGUUCUGCUCAAACUGUUCCCCUACCAGAUCAGGUAUUGCCUGUAUGGGAGGUGGAAGAACGAGACUCACCUGCAACAUGCCAAGCUGCUCAGACGCAGGGGCGAGACACUCAAGAAGAUCAAGUUCAUCAUGAAGAGAGUCACCAAGGAGACCAUCAAACCCAUGGGUCGGCACAUCGGCAAACUGACCCAUUACUCUCCGGGCUCCUUGUUUGAUUAUAUGCUGAUACAGAUCCAGACAUACGACAACCUCAUCGUGCCGGUGGUGGAUGCUCUUAAAUAUCUGACCAGCAUGUCGUACGACGUGCUGGGCUACUGUGUCGUUGAGGCUCUAGUCGCUGCCGAGAGGGACAGGUUCAAACAUGACGGUACCUCCCUGUCUCUGUGGCUUCAGAGCCUGGCCACGUUCUGCGGUUACAUAUUCAAGAAGUACACCAUCGAACUGACAGGUCUGCUGCAGUACCUGGCCAACCAGCUCAAGCUACAGAAAAGUUUGGACUUGCUGGUACUGAAGGAAGUAGUACAGAAGAUGGCUGGGAUCGAGGCUGCAGAAGAGAUGACCAAGGAGCAGCUGGACGCUAUGGCAGGUGGAGAAUUGCUCAAGGGCGAGGCCGGGUACUUCAGCCAAGUGCGCAACACCAAACGGUCGUCCCAGCGGCUCAAAGAUGCUCUGACAGUGGACAACCUGGCCGUAACUCUUUGUCUGCUGAUGGCUCAACAGCGCUACUGUGUCAUCUACCGUGAGACCGAGAAGAGCCAUCUGAAACUAGUGGGCAAACUUUACGAUCAGUGUCAAGACACCCUAGUCCAGUUCGGCACAUUCCUGGGCUCGACCUUGUCUGUGGAGGAGUACGUCAACAAGCUGCCCUCCAUACACUCCCAACUGGCAGAGUACCACAUACACAUGGACGUGGCUUUCUUCCUGGCUAGACCCAUGUUCUCCCACGCCAUCAAUCAAAAGUACGAUGCGCUGCGCAAGGCUGAGCCCAACAGCAAGAAGUUGUCUACAGCGACGAAGACGGCCAAGUACUGUGAGGCGGUGGCUGAAGUGAUGGGUCCCGUAGCGCUGAGUGUGCGGCCCCUACACCCACCCAAGGUGUGGGAGGACAUCUCUCCACAGUUCCUCACCACCUUCUGGUCCCUGACCAUGUACGACCUGUUCACCCCCACCCAGGCGUACGAUCGGGAGGUGGCGAAGAUUCGGCAGAUCCAGGCUACUGCCUCCAUCUCUAAGGAGCUGCCUGCCAGUAAGCAGAAGAAAGAAGUGGAGAGGUACACUGCCCUCAUAGAGAAGCUGCAGGACGAGAAGAAGAAGCAACAGGAGCAUGUGGACAGGGUUAUGGCACGUCUGAAACAGGAGAAGGACAGCUGGUUCCUGUCGCGCAGCGCGAAGGCAGCCAAGAAUGAGACCAUCACACAGCUGCUCCAGCUCUGCCUGUUCCCCCGCUGUGUGUUCACCACUGUGGACGCCCUCUACUGUGCAAAGUUUGUGCACAUCUUGCACAGUCUCCAGACUGCCAACUUCUCCACACUUCUCUGCUACGACAGACUAUUCUGUGAUAUCACAUACUCCGUGACCUCAUGCACCGAGAACGAAGCCAACCGUUACGGCCGUUUCCUCUGCAACAUGCUCGAGACAGUCAUGCGAUGGCACUCCAAGAAAGAAAUCUUCGAUGAGGAGUGUGCCAGCUACCCAGGGUUUGUGACCAAGUUCCGUGUCAGUAACCAGUUCUCGGAAGCCAAUGAUCACGUCGGCUACGAGAACUACCGUCACGUAUGUCACAAGUGGCACUACAAAAUCACCAAGGCUAUACUGGUAUGCUUGGAGUCCAAGGACUACGUGCAGAUCAGAAACUCUCUGAUCGUCCUGAUCAAGAUCCUGCCACACUACCCGGUGCUGGCAAAGCUGUCGCAAUGCAUCGAGAAAAAGAUAGAAAGGAUCAAAGAGGAUGAGAAGAACAAACGACAGGACCUGUUCAUCCUGGCUACCAGCUACAGUGGACAGCUCAAGGCCAGGGCCUCCUUCCUCAUACGGGAGGCUGACUUCCAUCUGGUCAAUGUUCAGCCAGUGAAGACUGCCGAAGCCAAGGCAGAAGCGAAUUCCCAGAACAUCACAGCCAAUGUGACCACAACUUCAGCUAAACAGGUCAAUGGAGAGCUGAAACAGGUUGCAGAGAAGGAAAAGCCGUCCACCACCGUUCCUGACGCCAAGAAAGACACCAGCAAGGAGAGGAGACUGAACCGGACCGCACCAGAGUCCCAGUCACCCGUCAAGUCCUCGGAAACUGUUAAGAAAGACGCCUCUGUUGUGAAACCCAGUAAAGAUAAGCAAGAGAAAAUGAGGGAGAAAGAACUGCAAGAGAAAGAAAAGCAGCUGAAGAAAGAAGAACGGCGUGAAGAAGCGAAAAAGAGAGCAGAAGAGAAGAUGUUGGAAGAGAAGGCCUCGCCGAGAGACAGGGAGAGAGAGAGAUCUUCAGACAAGUUCAGAGAGGAACGCUACACAGAGAUGCCACUGAGCAAGGACGGAGAGAUGGUGAUCCGCGGAACCUACUACAGCGCCGGCACCAGCUACUACCCCUCGCAGGACAGUCAGCUCAGCUCUGUGUCCAACAGCAGUUCUGGCUCUCUGCGACACACCCCCGACAUUGACAGAGAGACCAAACGGAGAAAGCUAGAAGCCAGCAAUUCCUCGAAGAGGCCACGGCCUGGACCCAGUCUACCAUGUUCUGUGUACCAGAAGCUGGAGGAACGGAAGGUGACGACCAGCGAACAGCCGUCCAGCACCACCUCUCUGGAGAAAAGGGAGCGCAAGGAGAAACUGAAGAAAAGUGUCCGGAAUCCCAUGGAUGAAGAGAAAGAAUUAAAAAAGGAAAGGAAAUUGAGUAGAAAGAGAGAUCGACUAGAAGAAGGUUCAUUGACAACUGAACAAAAAAGAAGAAAAGAUGAGGAAAAAGGUGGUUCAUCCAAGAUCUCAUCAACCCACCAGAAUGGAGACCACAGCGAUCCUCACAUGAGAGACAAACGUCAAUUCCAGAAGGAAAAGUCACCAUACAUAAGAGAGCGCGAGAGAUCCCACGACAGAGAAGGCAGAGAUAAACACAGGAGGUCUGGAGAUGCUAAACGCAGGUGAUGAUGAUGAUCUCAGUCAGCAAGUGCGCACGCCGCAUUACGCAGUUCUGUAUUGUUUUGUUUAUUUUAUGGAUAAACCUCUUUUGACAUACCAAUUUUUAUAAAUAAAAACUAUUAUGUGUAAAAAGAA